UUUUGGUUACAUUGCGCUCGGACGCAAGGAUUUGAUUUACUUGUAGGUCCGGCGGGUUUUACUGAUCUCAAGCUAUAAGGUUUUAUUUACACGUUCUGCAUGAUUCAGAAAAUGAGUUAUUUAUUCUUCUUAUUUUUGUCUGGUUGGAUAUAAUUUCCUGUUUUCCAAUGUAUUAGCUACUCAUUCUCAUGCCUACUCCACAUUUAUCAAGAGCAACAUCAGGACCGUCUUCUGGCUAUGCCGUAGGUGAUGAGAUUUGUGAUACUUCAUGUCCGAUUGAUUGGGAUACAAAUGUAGUAAAUUUUAUAUCAACUUGCUUGCAUCCUGGUCUAGUUCGACGAACUUCAUCUAGUGCAACGUAUGGCUUUGAUAAACCGAAUCAUUUUAGACGUCAGCAUCGCCGAAAUUUAUCUACAGCUACAACAGUUGGAUUCGGUCGUUAUCCUGAUAAUCAAAUUACAAGUGGUCGAGUUCCAUAUGCUAAUGUUUUUAAUCAUCCAAAUGAUUAUCAAGCCCCUCCACCAUAUUAUUCUAAACGUAUUUUAGGCCAUGCUCGCAAUAUCAGCGAUCCUACAUCUGGUUGGGAUUUCCGUAUUGUCACAAAACCUCUUAUUCUUGACCAGUUAACUGAAAGACCAUCUUAUAAUUGGGAUGGUUCUGCCGAACAAAAUCUUGUGGUGUCAGGUGAAUAUAAGAUUCCGGAUACUUCAUUCAUUCCUGAAAAUAAACCCGAAGCUUAUCCUUGUCUAACACCUCCACGUUCAUCUAAUGAUAUUACAUUAGAAAAUUCGUUUAUAUGCGCGCGUGAUGCAGAAACUCAUGAGACAACUACAACUGCAAAAGAUGAUACUUCUUGUUUAUGCCCUUGUCUACAAACCUGUGCUAAUCCACGUGUUGUAUUAAUCGGAUUAUGUUUAACUAUGUUUAUGCAAACUAUGGUUGUAUCUGGUCUGAUGAGUAGUAUGUUUACUACAUUGGAAAGAAGAUUUAAUUUAACUAGUCGACAAAUUGGCUCUAUGAUAAGUUGUUAUGAAGUAGCCGGUGUCAUAACCACAGUGAUUGUUAGCUUUAUUAGCGGUCAGAAACAUAAUCGAUUACGUGUUAUUGGUUUGGCGACAUUGAUCCUGGCUCUUGGAUUUGGAUUAUUUGCAUUGCCUCACUUUUUAGCUGGUCCCUACAGACCAAACUUACCAACUACUCCUGAUGGUAAUACUGCUACUAGUAUUAGUACUGAAGAUAUCAUCCAUUCCUCUCUGUCGUCUUUUCCUCUUAAUCAAGACUUAGAAAAUUCAAUUCAGUUGGAUGGACCACUAUGUGUCGAUCAAUCGCGCAAUACCUUUCCUAAGAAUGUUAUUUCCAAUUCACUUAAUAAUCAAACUAGUGUCGGUGACACAAUUAUUCGUGCUGCCCCACUCACUGCUGCUGAUAAUUUUAAUAGUAAUGAUAUUAAUGAAUCAUCAAGCACAGGAUUUAUGGGAAGUAGUGACAUUGUUCAGUCUGUUCUCUUUCCAACUUUUUGUUUUGCAAUGCUGCUAGCCGGGAUCGGGGCUAGUCCUUUGUAUGUCUUAGCUCCAACUUACUUAUGGGAUAACUUAACAGACAGACAAUAUCCAAUAUAUGCAGCUUUAUUCUACAGCGCUGGUGGAUUAGGUCCUGCUUGUGGAUUUCUUGCUGGUGCUGGUUUCUUAAGUAUUUACAUUGAUUCACCAUUUAUGUUGCCUGAAACUGGCUUAGACCGUAAUAGUCCAUUAUGGCUUGGUGCUUGGUGGCUUGGUAUGCUUGUCUGCGCUGCAUUAACUUUCUUUGUAGCAUUACCUGUGAUAUGUUUUCCUAAACAACUUGCAGUUAUUAAAAAAAGUGAUAGCAAUACAAUUCCAAACGAUGAAACCGAAGAUCUGGAUAAAAUCUGUUCCCCUACAAUUCAAUCUAAUAAUCAUAAUAUUUCCAAUCUUAAUACAAAUAACAAUAAAGUGAAUUUAUCUUACGUAAAAUCGUCCGAUAAUUUGCCUAAUAUAAACAAACAAUCUGGACAACCAUCGCUAACCACAACCACAACAGCCGUUUCAGCUGCUGCUGUCGCAGGCGUUGAAACAUUAACAUCAAAUCAUUUGCUCAAUACACUAUCACCGGAUAGUCGCAAUGUUCAGUAUCCAAGUCUAGAAGAAUUUAAACAACAGCAACGAUUGCCUGAAAUGAAACGAAAUCAUGCUGAUUCACUUAAGACAUCUCCUUAUUCUCCCACUACCAUUACUCCUAAUUCUCUUUAUGCACAUUCUCCAUCUAUCAAGGAUGCUGUAAUUAGUGGUGAUGGGACAAUUGUUAGCCCUUCAAAUCAACACUUUCGUUCACAUUCAAAUAUUGGCGGUGGUCAUCUUGAUUCUCUUGACGGUAAUACUGUCGAAGUUGUUAAUAAUGGUAUAGCUGGUUGUGGAGAUCAAUCUGACAAUUUUGGGAAAUUCAUGAAAACAUCCUUGAAUAAUUCAUUUAGUGAAAACCAAGCUAAUCUUAGGUCAAAAAUAAAAGCUUCAUAUCAUAUCGUACGUCGUGUACUAACUAAUCCUGUCUGGUUAGGUGUAACAUUGAGUACUGUUGUGGAACAAUCGAUUGUUGCUGCGUUUUUAGCAUUUGCUGCAAAAUACAUUCAAAUUUUAUUUCAUAUACCAGCUUAUUUGGCUAGUAUUCAUACUGGUGCUGUAAUAGUUCCAAGUUCAUUAUUAGGUGUUCUGUCUGGUGCUUUACUAAUGCGUCAUUUUCGACCUACAUUACAUCGUACCUUAUCUGGUUUAUGUAUUAUGAUUUCAUUGACUGUUAUAACGAGUAUUAGUCUAAUGUCAAUUGGUUGUCAAUCUAGUCGAGUAGCAGGUAUAACAGCUACAUAUAACGGAGAAAAUUGGCCUUGGAAAAAUGGUCCAGGUUUUUUAAUACCAUCAAAUUUAACAGCACCAUGUAAUCAAUUUUGUUAUUCAUCUAAUAAUCGAAUAAAAAAAUUUGAUAAUCGUCAUUAUACACAUUACAUUGAAUCACAAUGUUCAGUAAAUCAUUAUAAUCCAGUGUGUUGGACCGCUACCUCUUCUUCUUCUUCUUCCACUACUACUACUAGUAGUAGUGAUAGUAGUAUCAAAAAGAAGACAAAUAAUCAAAUAACUUGUACUAGUAGUGGUAUUAUUAAUGGUGAUAAUAAUCUUGGUAGUCCAAAUGAUAAUAUUAAUGACUGUGAUAGGAAAUCAUUGACAUUUUUCAAUCCUUGUUUUGCUGGAUGCAGAACACGUGUUUUAGAAGCUGGAGUUGUAAAGAAAUAUUCUGAUUGUCAAUGUGUAACCCCAUCUACACUUAAUCCAUCUGGUUCGAUCUCAUCAAUACCGAUGUCAUUAUCAUCGUCAAUGAGAAUAAAUAAUGAAUUCUUAUUAGCAAAUAAUUCUGGUGAAGUUUAUCCUGGUCGAUGUAAACCUAAGUGUACUUUGUAUGGUUUAUUUCUAGCUAUGUUAUUCUUACAUAUUCUUUGUACUGGUAUGUUACAAAAUCCAAGUAAUGUAAUCACAUUGAGUUGUGUCUCAUCAGAAGAUAGUUCUGUUGCACUUGGAUUACAAAUAUUCUUUGUCAGAACAUUAGCAUAUAUUCCGGCACCGAUGUAUUUCGGCCAACUAUUCGAUUUAGCUUGUCAAUAUCGUUCAAAUCCUAUAGAUCACUAUUCAUCCAGUCCAAUAAAUAAUAAUGAAUCGUUAUUAAUGAAUACAAAUGUAUUAUCAUCAUUAUCAAAUUCAUCCAUAUUCUCAUCGUCUUCGUCUUUUCCACCACCAUCAUCAUCUCCACUGUCAUCAAUCUACUCGUCUUCUUCUACAACCACUGCUACUACAAUGUCUUUAGAUCAAAAGUAUUCUACAACAGCUGGUGGAUGUUUAGAGUAUAAUUUAGAAGGUUUACCAUUUAUUUGGCUUGGUACUGUAUGUGUAUUAAAAAUAAUUAGUUUGAUUGGAUCCACAAUUACUUGGUGGUUAGCUAAACGUCAAUUCGAUUUGAUGACAAACCACAAAGAAAAACAACAAAAUAUCGAAGGUGAAGAAACAAAGAAGGAAAUGGAACUUGCAUUACAUCAGACAAUUACCUCUGAUCCAACUAUCAUCAUCAAUAAUAAUAAUAAUAAUAAUAAUAAUAAUAAUAAUAAUAAUAAUAAUAAUAAUAAUAAUGCAUUUGAAUUGAUCGAUUCAACGUCGAAUGGUCAUCAAAUACAAAUUGUAUAAUUAAAUAAUAAUCAUCAUCGUCGUCAAGGUCCAGUAUGAUCUCACAUGUAUGUGUCUUUGUAUGUUUUUUUUUGUUUUAAAAAAAGAAAAGAAAAUUUUACUCAACCUUUUACUUGCUUGUGGUUUGUCUCUUUUCCAGGUUUCAUUUACUUCACUUUUCUCUCUACAUUAUAUCAUGGUAUAUGAAUGUAGUGGGAUUUCUUAAGAGAACUAAUAAAGAUUGUCACUAACUUUGAAGAAGAAGAAGAAAAAAGAACAUACAAACUUUUUCUCUUCAUGUACAUAAUUCACUAGUAAAACUUCUUGGAUUUCCUCUCUCUCUCCCUCUUUUGAAUCGUGGAACAGUGGUGGCUCACUGGUUAUUUUUAAUACAUUCAACUUUUAUUCACCAAGUCACACCUUCACACUACUUAAUUCCAUCUAAACAACUGAGUAGUAGUAGUAGUGUUAUUAACUUUCUUUUCCUAGUUACAUUAUAACUUGUUAUAAUCUCAUGUAAAGUAUAGUAUGAAUGAAAUUGGGACUUUGAAUUUUCAUAUUUAUAGAAUAAGCACUAAAACAUUGGUUAUGUUUGUUUAUCAUCUAUACUAUCUCUUGUGUUAUCUAGAUUUGAUUCAUUAAAAAAAAAGAAAGUCUUAUCAUUUGUUAUUGUAUAAUAGUUCCUCGAUUAUUUUUCCUCAGUUAUUUUCUUUGUCUUCUUUACAAUCACCAUCGUGAAUUGUGAUUGUUAAGAUGAGGUAGGUAGGUGGGUGGGUGGUUGGUUGCUUGGUUGGUUGGUUCUUUAUUGAUGUAUUUUUUGUCACUUUAAAUGUUGUCAUUAUUGCAUUUUUCUUUUCGUUUAAUGUUCACUAUGUAGUUAGUUCUACAAAGUGAAUUCAUCCACUUUACUCUAUUACAUUUAAUAUUAUCUUGUGUAGUUUCUUUUCAUUUAAAUGUACUACAUGUUGCUAUGACCUUUUAAAGUGUGUAUACAUGUGUAUUCAUUGAAAUUUCUAAUAGCCGGUGAUAAUAAUUGUUGUCUACUAUAUUAGGCAUAUUUCCUUUUUGUAUUAUGUGUGUGUUUUCUCAUAUUUCUAUAUGGAUUUCUUCUUGUAUAGUCUCUCUGUAUGCUUAUUUUCGAAGCGAAUACAUGUGUUCUUUCUUAACAAUAAUAAUGAUUAUAGAUUACU